AUGAAUACCGUCAAGUCAUCCCAGCUGCCGCUUCCUCGCGAUCUGCCCGUCGCCCAACAAACGCCAUCAACCUAUGCGGCUCCUGACAGGGCCGUGGGGAACGAGACGGAAGAUGCCCGUGCGAACGCUACUCAGCCCAACGAGAGCACCCCAAGGAGGAAACUGCGCUGCGAUGGCAAGAAGCCUAGUUGUGGGAGCUGCGCCCGCCUGGGCCAUGAAUGUGCAUACAAUGAAGCGAGGAAGAAGAGUGGCCCGAAACGGGGUUAUGUCAAGCAACUGGAGGCCAGGCUAGCUCAAGUCGAGACCCUCCUCAAAGGACAAGAUGUUGCGGACAAUUCGCAGAAUCCUGCUUCUGCGCGGGAUACUUCAUAUCAAGGAUUGCUUCAUAGCACGAAUAGCGACCCCAAGCGAUCUAUCGGGUCGGAUUCGCCAGACCAAGGACCGCCCAUUCCAACGUUUGUGGAUAUGCCUUCGAACUCUGGCGCCUUUUCUGAGCCUAGCCUGUCAAUGUCAGACGAGGUUCCUUGGGGAAUGAUUGGCCUUGGGGUGGAAGAAUCCCUGCCUGCGCCAGAAAUUAUCGAUGAUCUGAAUGAAAUUUACUUCCAAAAAGUCCACCCUACGUGCCCUCUAAUCCACAAACCUCGCUAUUACGCAGCAAUGAGCCUUGCUCCGUUGAUGCGACCUCCAAUCUGCCUACGAUAUAUCAUGUGGGCACACGCAGCGGCCAUCACAGAGCGGUAUCAAUCUCUCCAUCCACACUUUUAUCAGCGCGCGCGAAAAUACGUAGAGUUAGACGAAAUGAAAGGGCUUGGCGAGUCGAUUCUCAAAAUUGCCCACUCUCAGUGUUGGACUUUGAUUGGUUCUUAUGAGUUUAAGAUGAUGUAUUUCCCUCGAGCGUGGAUGAGCACGGGCAGAGCCACACGGCUCUCGUUGAUGAUGGGGCUUCAUCGGCAAGAUGGGCUUGGCCUAGAUGUCAAACAAUGCUUGCCGCCGCCUCGCGAUUGGACUGAACGAGAAGAACGGAGACGAGCAUUCUGGUUGGCGUUUUGCCAGGACCGUUAUGCUUCAAUCGGAACGGGCUGGCCGAUGAUGGUGGAUGAAAGAGAUAUUCUGACUUGUCUUCCCGCUUCCGACGAAGCCUUUCUCAACUGCCGAGAAGAGAAAACCAUACCACUUUCCGAUGCCUUAUCAGGCCAAGGAUUUUCUACACUCUCGUCUUUAGCGGCCAUUGUCAUUAUCACAUGUCACCUUGGUAGGAAUCUCCAGCACCUACACCGUCCUUCAGCGAAUGACAAAGAUCACGACCUUAACGGUGAAUUCUGGAAGCGCCAUCGGGCGCUGGACAGCAUUCUUCUUAACACGUCUCUUUCUCUUCCCAGUCACUUGCGUCUCCCAGAAGGCAUUAACGACCCAAACGUUGUCUUCUGCAACAUGUGUCUUCACACUUCUACCAUUUGCCUUCAUCAAGCUGCAAUUUUCAAAGCGGAAAAGAACGAAAUGCCCAAUCAGAUCGCCGCUGAAAGUAAGCGCCGCUGUAUAAUUGCGGCAGAUCAGGUCACUACUAUCAUGAAAAUGACCAGCCAUUUUGACUUGACAAUUAUGAACCCAUUCCUCACAUUUUGUCUAUAUGUAGCAGCGAGAGUCUUCAUCCAAUAUCUCAGGUCGCGAUCUGAAGACCCAACGAUCCGCUCAUCACUCCAAUUUUUGAUUUCUGCGCUGUCUGCACUGAAGGGUAAACUUCCGCUAAGCCAGUCUUUCCUUGUCCAACUGCAGUUCGACCUUGAAAGUUGCAAUUUAGACAGGAUGGGCUCGACGAUGUCGUGUAGCCUACACACAGAUCUUAACUCCAACGACAAAAAUCAAACUAACUUGGACGAUACGACGAAAGCCCAGUCAUUGCACUCAGGCAACGCUUGCGGAAACCCACCUGGACAGACGGGCCUUCUAAACUCCACCCCUCUUGCCUGUCGCCAAAAGGCCACCCCAAAGCAACAAGCUCAAGGGCAUGUUUCACAUUCGCCGCAUCGCCAUCUAUUUACCAGUAUGCAGACAUCCACAGAUUUCACAACUUUAACCGACGAACAUUUGCGAGCAUUCGGCCUAGAAUUGGAUAUAUCAACCGACAUAAGCAUCUCGAGCGAACCUCAGCCAUCCACAACUAAUCAUUCAAGUCCCAACACCCAUAAUACAUCCUCGAAUAGUUCGUCUUCACCCCAUAAUGUUGAGAUGCCUUCGCCGCCUCAGCAACAGCACCAACCACCCCAGUCUUGCUCGCACAUCGGCUUUUCUACACCAUCAUCCAAUCUUGGCAAUCUCGGUAUCUCCAGCAAUUUCAUGCCUUUCGCAGACACCCAGAAUGCCACAAUUCCAGACACAUUCACUUUCCCUACAACGUGGAUUCACACCCAACAAGAGCACUCGAAAAACCCGACCCAAACUCCAGUUCAGUCUCAACCUCAAGGAGGAAGCUCCUUUCCCACAACUGCGAACUAUUCAAGUGAAAAUAUUGAUCUUAUGUCGUUCGACGAUCUCAGUUGGAUGCAGAACACUAACAUGCCCUCGGAUUGGAACCAUUGA